AUGUCGCCAAUGGGCUGUGAGCAGUCUCGUCAAAGCGACGACGGCUUGAGCCUCGACUGUGGAGUGUUUCCACCAACUAGCGACGCUUACAGUCUUACGUGGCGACAGUGGGUGCAGUACAUCGAACACUUCCAUAGCCCCCAUGGUAUUCGCCAAUGUACUAUCAAUUAUGCCCUUGCUGCAGACUCUGUCACGGGCUCAAUAAUUUCCGGUCCAAUCUCCAAUCGAAUUGGCCGUCGACUCUCUAUUCUUUGCCUGUUUCUGGUGGCUGAUUCGAACAGCCAAGCCGGAGCCUGA